UAGAGGACAGACUGUGGACUGAAAUAGUAAACAUUGUGUGCACACGCCACACGAGAUCGACCAUUCCAAAUAUUCUCUCCAAAGAUCCCAAGUCCGGAUUGGAGUCGGUCUACGACAUGCAUCGCACAACCCUUAUUGGCUGAAAUAUUUUCAAGGUGUCCCUAAAUAUUAAGCUUUGACCAAUUAUAUGUUGGGCUGACUAUAAAGGAGGGCUGUUUUUAUGAAUUCACAAGACAUUUCAGAGUUUUCUUGUCAGUCAUUGCUUUUUGACCAAUGGUAACUGCACUCAUUGGAGUUGCCUGCUGCCCCCCACCCCUUCUCGUGCUGUCCUCGCCGUGCACGCGCGUGGUCCCCCCGGUCGUGAAGAGGAGGAGGAUGUGGCGCGCGGAGGGGAAAUGGCUGCCGAAAACAAGCCGGAAGGACUGAAGAGAAUCCGAAAUCCUGGGGGGAUGCCCCGGUCGCCCCUGUGCUACGCUGGCCACGGUCCCGCUAAGGGCGUCGGCGACGACGCGGACGCCAACAAUGAACAUGGACAUUUGAAAAUCUACCUGCCCAAGAAGCUGCUGGAGUGCCUGCCCAAAUGCUCCUCGCUCCCCAAAGAGAGGCACCGGUGGAACACCAAUGAGGAAAUCGCGGCUUACCUGAUAACAUUCGAGAAGCAUGAGGAAUGGCUGACGACGUCCCCUAAGACAAGGCCACAGAAUGGGUCGAUGAUCCUGUACAACAGGAAGAAGGUAAAGUACAGGAAGGAUGGAUACUGCUGGAAGAAGAGGAAAGAUGGGAAGACAACACGAGAGGAUCACAUGAAGCUGAAGGUGCAGGGAGUGGAGUGUCUCUACGGCUGCUACGUCCACUCCUCCAUCAUCCCCACCUUCCACCGCAGGUGCUACUGGCUGCUGCAGAACCCUGACAUCGUGCUGGUGCACUACCUGAACGUCCCGGCCAUAGAGGAUUGUGGGAAACCAUGUGGCCCCAUCCUCUGCUCCAUCAACACCGACAAGAAGGAGUGGGCCAAAUGGACCAAGGAGGAGCUGAUUGGCCAGCUCAAGCCCAUGUUUCAUGGCAUCAAGUGGACUUGCAGCAAUGGCAACAGCAGCACCGGCUUCUCUGUGGAGCAGCUGGUGCAGCAGAUUCUGGACAGCCACCAGACCAAGCCGCCGCCCCGGACCCACAACUGCCUCUGCACGGGCACCCUGGGUGCAGGCAGCAGUGUGCAUCAUAAGUGUAACAGCGCUAAGCACCGCAUCAUCUCCCCCAAGAUGGACGCCCGCUCAGCAGCCUACAGCAGCUCCCACUCUGAGCUGCAGAACAGCGACGUGUCCGAGGGCAAGACGGAGCACAGCCACGGGGGCGGGCGGGGCGGCGGGGGCGGGGGCGGGGCCAGGGAGAAGCGCAACGGCAAGGUGCCCAAGCUGGCGCUGCUACACCAGAACAGCACCGAGGUGUCCUCCACCAAUCAGGUGGAGGUGCCGGACACCACGCAGAACUCGCCGGUGUCCAUCAGCAGCGGGCUGAACAGCGACCCGGAUGCUGCCGACAGCCCCGCCAUGGCGGGACUGGGCCACGCCGCGGCCGCCGUCAUGGGCGGCCUGUCCCAGAGCGUCUUCCUGUCCGAGGUGCCCGGCGACGCCGUGUACGGCAUGUCCCCCACAGGGGGCGCCGGCGCGCACCUGCUGGGCCCCGACGCCGCCGCCCAGGGGCUGGUGCUGGGCGUGGCCUCCGACGGGCACAAGUUCGGCUUCCCCGGCGGGACGGGCGGUGACGGGGGCGGGGCCGGGCCGGGGGAGGGGCUGGCCAUGCUGUCGGGGGCCGGCGUGGGCGUGUCCGAGGAGCUGGUCCUCUCCAGCAGCCUGGACGCCGGGGGCAUCAAGCUGCCUGAGGCCGCCGUGACCUUCGACCCCGACUGCUUCCUCAACAACCCCAAGCAGGGCCAGACGUACGGCGGCGGCGGGCUGAAGGUGGAGGGCGGGGCCUCGGCGGGCUGCGCGUCGUCCUCGGGCGGGGGGGGCUGCGACGGGGGCAGCGGGGGCCUUGGCGGGUCCCCCCCCCUGCCGGAGUCCAGCUACGCCUUCAGCUCGGUCCUGGUGAAGAACAUCAAGACGGAGGACACGUCCUUCGAGCAGCAGCUGGCGCAGGACAGCGCCUACCAGGUGGGGGCGGCGGUGAGCGGCGGGGGCGGGGUCUCCGGGUCCAACGGCGUCGGCUCCGCCCACGGCUCCCUCACCCUGACGCCCACCGGCUCUCUGCUGCCCUCCGGUGGCGGCCUGAGUCCCAGCACCACGCUGGAGCAGAUGGACUUCAGCGCCAUCGACGCCAAGCAGGACUACUCCCCGGCAGGCUCCGCCCCCUCCGCGGCCUACGGCCAGCCCGUCUCCAGCCCCCAGCUGGCGCAACACCGCUGCUCUCCCAGCUUCUACCUGCAGGAGGCGCCGCAGGCCGGCCCGGGCGGGGUCCACAGCCCCCACGACGCCUCCGCCUACCUGGGGCUGCAGGUGGUGAAGAGCGACCCUCCCAGCAGCAACGGGCACCUCCACCACCCCCACCCGCUCCACCCCCGCCCCACCCAGCACCGCAGCUGCAACGGGGGGUCCCCGGGCGAGGGGGGGCUCCAGCUGCUGCAGUACCAGGGCGGGUUCCCGGGGCUGGGGGCGGAGCACGAGGAGGUGGUGGGGCUGGAGCAGCCGGGCGGGGCGGGGGCCGACCACCAGGCGGGGGGGUCCGAGAACGGGGGGGAGGAGCUACUCAAGGCGGGGGAUCAUCUCCAGGCCUGGGGGGCCGGCGGGGGGGGUGACGGGGGCGGGGAGCACUACCUGCAGCAGGGCAGCGAUGGCGGAGGGGGGGGCGGAGGAGGGGCAGGAGGGGGCGGGGCAGGAGAGGGCGGGGUCAUGCACAACGGGACGGCAUCCAACAGGACUGGCAGUGGCCCCCCCCAGCAGCAACAGCAGCAGCUUCAGCCCCUCCUCCAAGGGGCGGGGCUUGUGCAGGGGCUCUACGGCACGCAGGGACUGGGCGGGGCAGGGGGCGGGGCCGGAGGCGGGGCCAGCGGGAGUGUGGAGAUCAGCCUGGACCACUUCGACAUCUCCUUCGGCAACCAGUUCUCCGACCUCAUCAACGACUUCAUCUCGGCAGAAGGGGGCGGGGCCUCCGUGGGAGGGGGCGGGGCUAUGUACGCACACCAGCUGGUGGCCGCGCCCGCGGGGGAGGGGCAGCCGCCGUCCGCCGAGGGCCCCCAGCAGGGCCCGGAGGAGGGGGCGCCCCAGCCGGAAACGGGGUACAGCCCCUCCGAGAUCUGCCUCCAGCCCUGCUGCAGCCCCCAGUCGCUGGGCCAGGGGGGGGCGGGCGGGACGGCGGGGGGAGGGGCUGGCGGCACGGACGCCGGCUCGCUGGCCUACAUGCACGUGGCCGAGGUGGCGCAGGGAACUCUGGGAAUGAUCCAGGCUGCCGGGAGGCUCUUCAUGGUCACAGACUACUCCCCGGAGUGGUCGUACCCUGAGGGCGGGGUGAAGGUGCUGAUCACGGGUCCCUGGCAGGAGACCAGCAGCACCUACAGCUGCCUGUUUGACCAGAUCUCUGUGCCGGCCUCUCUGAUCCAGCCUGGGGUGCUGCGAUGCUAUUGCCCCGCCCAUGACACAGGGCUGGUGACCCUGCAGGUAGCCGUCAGUAAUCAGAUCAUCUCCAGCUCGGUGGUGUUUGAAUACAAGGCUCGCGCCCUGCCCUCUCUCCCCUCCUCUCAGCAUGACUGGCUCUCCCUGGAUGAUAACCAGUUCAGAAUGUCCAUCCUGGAGAGGCUGGAGCAGAUGGAACACAGGAUGGCAGAGAUGGCCGGACACCAGCAGCAGGGGAGUGGAGGAGCUGCUGGAACAGGAGGAGGAGGCGGAGGCACUGGGGGCAACAGCACACAGUCACAGUGUGUGAUGGGGCAGGCUCAGCCCAGCAGCUCGUUCGAGGGCAGGGUGGUGGUGGUGUGUGAGAAGAUGAUGAACCGGGCCUGCUGGGCCAAGUCCAAGCAGCUGAUCCACUCCAAGAGCUUCCGGGGCAUGACCCUGCUGCACCUGGCCGCCGGGCAGGGCUACGCUACGCUCAUCAAGACCCUCAUCAAGUGGCGCUCUAAGCACUCUGACAGCAUUGAUCUGGAGCUGGAGGUGGACCCCCUCAACGUGGACCACUUCUCCUGCACCCCACUGAUGUGGGCGUGUGCGCUGGGGCACCUGGAGGCGGCGCUGGUCCUGUUCCAGUGGGACCGGCGGGCCCUGGCCAUCCCGGACUCGCUGGGGCGCCUCCCCCUGGCCAUCGCGCGCUCCCGCGGGCACACCAAGCUGGCCGAGUGCCUGGAGCAGCUGCAGAGGGGGGAGGAGCAGCCCGGCCCCGCCCCCCUGCCGCCCGCCCAGGACCCCCCCGCCCCCCCGGCCUCCGACGGCUGGAUGGUGCUGUGGGCCAACGACGGCACCGUGGCAACCAGCGGGCAGAAAGGUACCGCCACCGCCAACCCGAACCCUGACUUGCGGAGACCCAGGUCGGAACCGUCCAGCUGCUACAGCUCGGAGAGUCAGAGGGACCUCCCAUUGGCCAAGAAACACAAGCCGAACCCCGAGCUGAGCCAAUCACGGCCGGACAAGGCCGCGUCCGUGCCCCUCAGCCUGGACAGGGGGGCCGCCGGGGAGGGGGGCGUCGGCGGAGGGGGGUCACAGCCCAAACCGGGGGCCGUCCGAGGCCUGGGCGGGGCCAAGGGAGGGUCCAGGGAGCAGUAUGCUGCGUGGGUGUCGGGGAGGAAGGGGGCGAGAGGGGGGUUUGGGGGGGGUGGGAGUGUUGGGGGGCAGGGGAAAGGGGGGAGCCUGGUCAGCCGGCCGUGUCCGCGGGACCCACAGGACCCGCUGGAGAUGCUGCUGUCCUACAGGGAGGACCUGGAGAGCCAGGAGUGCCUGACGCACAUGGACAACCUGCAGGUGAACAUGAUGACCCUGGCGGAGCACAUCAUCGAGGCCACGCCCGAACGCAUCAAGCGGGAGAACAUCGUCGCCGUGGAGACGGUGCCCCUGGACAGCGCAGGAGUCGGCAACACCAUGAGCUGGCUGGCCAGUUACCUGGGAGACACAGAGCACCUUCCCAACAUCAUCCACCUGCGGUCCUUAUACGCGGAACCCCUGACGCCCUCCUCCACCCCCAGCCUCAGCCCGGGGGGGUCCCCGCUUCCCGAGCCGGGCCUGCCCUCCCCGUCCGAGUGGGGCGAGCUCCUCCACCCCUCCAGCAGCCGGGUGGAGCGGGAGCUGGCCCAGCUGUCCCUGUCCGACCCGGAGCAGCUGGAGCUGUACGAGGCUGCUCGGCUGGUGCAGGCCGCCUUCCGCAAGUACAAGGGGCGACCUCUGCGGGAGCAACAGGAAGUAGCAGCUGCCGUCAUUCAGCGCUGCUACAGGAAGUACAAACAGCUGACAUGGAUAGCCUUGAAGUAUGCACUUUAUAAGAAGAUGACGCAGGCCGCCAUCCUGAUCCAGAGCCGUUUCCGCAGUUACCACGAGCAGAAGAAGUUCCGGCAGAGCCGGCGAGCGGCCGUGCUGAUCCAGCAGCGCUACCGCAGCUACCGGGAGUGCAGCCGGCCGGGGCACCACCGCAGGGCCGCAGCCAGCGCUGCGCGGGUGCAGCACAAACUCAGAAGCAGUCUGCUCACCAAGAAGCAGGACCAGGCCGCCCGCAAGAUCAUGAGGUUCCUGCGCCGCUGCCGCCACAGCCCUUUGAUGGACCAUAGACUGUUCAAGCGGAGUGAAAGAAUUGAGAAGGGCCAAGGAACAUGAGAACAUCCAGACGACCCUCCUAACAAUGUGACAUCAUUCUCCAGACUCUUUCUUUCUGUCUUUCUUUUUUACAUGUUAGAAGAGGAAGAAAAACAACCCCCCUUCCAAAAGAUAUUCAGUGAAAACUAUUAUUACUGCGCUCCCCCUUCUACAACUGGUUCUACUUCUGCUGUGACAUGUACAAAAGCAUUUUUAUUUUGUAUUCCUUUAUUCUUCUUGGGUUUCUUUAAGGGUGAAACUGGAAAGAGCAGCAGAAUUAAAACUAUCAGGGGGAGUGAGUACCAACGUGAGGUGGGGGGGGGGCUUCAUGGCAUUUUUGUUCUUGCACUUUUUCAUGGAUUUAUAUUUUCCUUUUUUGGGAUCAUUUAUAAGAAACAUUACAAAAAUGGAAGAAAAAGAAAAACAUACUUUGGGCUGAUUUCUCAGUCCUGGGCUGGAUCAAGGAAGAUGAUGUCAUAGGUCAAAGGUCGAAUGUGGAAUCAUCAUGUUGGGAUUCUGCUUCUGUUUUGGGAAAGCAAAAUAAAAGUGGCAUCCAUUUUCAGGAAGAAGAAUUUAAAAAAAAAAAACACACAUCAACCAAAAAACAGAAAAUGCUACGUAACACGCUUUACCCAUCUGCAUGUACGUUGUCACCUGGAGCCAGGCAAGUGCACCAUCAUCGCAGUUUUUUCCCCGUGAAGCUCCCCUCUGUCAUGUCAUUGGGUUAAAAGAGGUGGGGCUACCUAUGAAUGUAGGGCAGGUACGUGGACUAAAAAUGGGUUGGGGUAAAAAAAAAAGAAAAAGACUCUUAUUUUGAUAUAUUUUCAUGCAGGGAUGAUAUCAGGGGAGGGAAGGCCCAAAUGGGUCACUGUUUGUUUUUUUAUUUUUUUAUUAUUGUUUUGUUUUUUAUUUGUUUAUAAGCACAGUUACUUUAAUUUUGUUACAUUUAUUUAAGUUUUUUUUACCUGAAUGUAUUUAACCACUCAUUUUCAUGUGGCUUUUAAAUGGCUAGCCUGCUUCCUAUGAGUCUUGUGGUUUAAAAUUUUAUCAGGAAAAAAAUGCAUGACUGAGCAAAGUUGUCUCUUGCGUGCUUAAAAAUGAUAUAUGUGUUUUAAAUUUGUUUUCAUGUUAAUGUAGUGCCCACGUGCCUCCCCUACCCCAAGUCAUACCUUCAUAACUAGUCAUAUUUAAUAACAAAGUAACAACCAUUAUUAUUAUUAUUUUAAUUAUUAUAUAUAUUUUUAUUAUUAUUAUUAUUAUUUCUGCAUUUAUUUAUCGGUUUGAAAGGUUUUUUGUGUUUAUAUAUCGAUGAGGGUUAUUGUUCUGUUUUUAUCAACUUUAGAAGCUAUGAAAUGCUUUUGAAGGGAUAGUCACAUACAUUGCCUUGACUUCUUAGAGAUUCUCUUUUGGGUCCCUGAGCUUGUUCCGAAGUGGAAGUAGACAAAUCCAUAUUUUUGACUAUUUAGAGGCGUGUGUAUAUAUAGAAGGUUGAAGGUAUUUGGGGGGGAAAAAACAUUCAUUUGAAGGGGAUUGUAUUUAACAAUAUAUUAUUUUAUUCAUUAAAUAAGGGGGAAAUAUCUUGGUGCGAGACGAACCAGAAUAUUUGUAUAGUUUUGAUUGAAUGCCCUAGAAGUAUGGUUGUAUUGUUUGUAUAUAGUGUAAAUACUGGGGAUUUAAAAAAACGAGCUAUGUGCAUGAAGUUUUAUGACAUGAGCAACGAUACAGUACAAAAAAAAUACGCAUUAGUGGCUAUGAUCUGUAAAAUGAUUCUGACUA